AGAGAAAAACGAAUACAAAUCUGCAAUUGAUUUUCAUAAUGUUUCUGCGGUGUUUGCAAACCAAUCGCCUGAACGUCCCCGAUCUUACCUAAGAGAGAACCCCUCCUACGUCUGCGAAGUGUUCCGAACUGAUAUAUGACAAUAUCUACUUUGGAUCACGUGCUCGGGGAGAGAGACUAAGACGGAUAACGCGUCAUCUUGCCUUCCCAAAAUUUCCCCCCUCGCUAGACCGGGUCCAAAACCUCCAUCCGGAGCAGGCAGGAGAAGAGAACGAUGUUUAACUCGGUCAACCUGGGCAACUUCUGCUCGCCUUCGCGCAAGGAGAGGGGUGCUGACUUCGGCGAGCGAGGGAGCUGCGCUUCCAACCUCUAUCUGCCCAGUUGCACUUACUACGUGCCCGAGUUCUCCACCGUCUCCUCCUUCCUGCCCCAGGCCCCUUCUCGUCAGAUCUCCUAUCCCUACUCAGCCCAGGUGCCCCCGGUCCGGGAGGUCUCCUACGGCUUGGAGCCGUCCGGCAAGUGGCACCAUCGGAACAGCUACUCGUCUUGCUAUGCGGCGGCCGACGAGCUUAUGCACCGGGAGUGCUUGCCUCCUUCCACAGUCACUGAGAUUCUCAUGAAAAAUGAAGGCUCCUACGGCGGCCACCACCACCCCAGCGCCCCACACGCGGCCCCCGCCGGCUUCUACUCCUCAGUCAACAAGAACAGCGUCUUGCCCCAAGCCUUCGACCGCUUCUUCGACAACGCCUACUGCGGUGGCGGAGAUGCGCCUGCCGAGCCCCCCUGCUCCGGCAAGGGCGAGGCCAAGGGGGAGCCUGAGGCGCCCCCGGCUUCGGGACUGGCGUCCCGGGCCGAGGCCGGUGCUGAGGCCGAGGCCGAGGAGGAGAAUACGAAUCCAAGCUCGUCUGGUUCUGCCCACUCAGCGACCAAGGAGCCGGCCAAGGGAGCCGCCCCCAACGCCCCCCGCACCCGCAAGAAGCGCUGCCCUUAUUCGAAAUUCCAGAUCCGGGAACUGGAGCGAGAGUUUUUCUUCAACGUGUACAUCAACAAAGAGAAGCGGCUGCAGCUGUCCCGGAUGCUGAACCUGACUGAUCGACAAGUGAAAAUUUGGUUUCAGAACAGAAGGAUGAAAGAAAAAAAACUGAGCAGAGACCGGCUGCAGUAUUUUUCAGGAAAUCCGCUGCUGUAACUGCAGACCUAGCCCUUUGGGGUAGGGGGAGGGAAAGAGGAAAAUUUAUUUUAUUUUAUUUUAUUUUCUAACUCGUCUUUUUUUCCGCGGGUGGAAAACUGGACUGUGGCCAGGGCUGGCCCCCCACUGCCGUUACUGG